AUUAAUAUACACUCAAUGUUUAGUUUAUAACUAUAUUUACGUUGACAUGAAAUAUGAUUCCGUUAUCUCUUUAAAUAUAAUCACUAUUUUUGACACAACUAUUGCUUAAUAUUAUUAUUAUUGUUAUGAAUGCUGUGAUUAUUAUUAUAUAAAUUGAAUUAAUCCGUUAAGUGAUCGACAAAUGUAUCUCAAGUGAUGACAAUUAAUGCAAUUAACGGUUGAGUCGACCAAAACAUAUAUCUUCUGUAUUGUUAAUAUUUAUGGAUCAGAUGGGUUGUUGAUGAUCUCAAUGACAAAGUGGUGACCAAUUAUAGUGACAACUGAUAUGUUUGGAUGARUGUCAAAUCAGUGGUCAAUUGGUGUGAUGGACAUAUCAACCAUCGGACAGAUGAACAAUUCGGAUGAAGAAAAGGUUGUCGUGUUGUUUGACUUCGAGUACUCAACACAUAACGGAAGUGUUGUGACAAUGAAGAAGGGGGAGCACCUGAUUGUUAUCACUAAGACUAACCCCGAUUGGUGGCAAUGCAGACGAUGUUUGCCCACCGACGAUGACCUCAGUCAUGGCCAUAGACCACAACCUUUUUAUGCACCCGUCUGUUACAUCAAACCAAUUGAUUUGAGUUUGAAUAACAAUCACAAUAACAAAACUGAUGUUAACUCUAACUUUAAGUCAACAUCGAGUGACCACAAGAAGAACAUAUCGACUAUUAAAGUUGGACUAAGUUUUACAAAUCCAAUGAUCAGUGGCUUCAGUACAGAUGACAACAGUGAAGACGAUCGGUUGGAUGAUACCAAUGGAUUAGAUUCAAGUAAAGAGUCACUUAUUGAAGAUAUUCAUAGCUGUGAUAAUAACACUGAAACUGUAAAUAAAACUAUAAAUAAAAUCAAAAUUAAUCCUUCAGAUGGUAUUGUAUACGCAAACUUACCGAUCAAUUCAAAGAGUCGGUCGACACGAUCAUUGCCACCCAUUCCCAACUCGAAGGUGUCUCCCAUUAGGAUAUUACUAAAUCAUUGGGCAGAAUAUGAAGAUACAAGUGGUCGCAAAUUUUAUUAUAAUUCCAUGAGUCGAAUGACUUCUUGGAAACCGCCGCGACGUAAACCACUUCAAUACUCGCGCGAUGACGACCUCAUGACCAGUCAUUCGGAAGAGAAUUUAACUGAUUCCUCGACCACUUCACUGUCCACAACACCAAACACUAGCCUUAUGUCUGAUUCGUCCACAUAUUCACCAUUAGUGCCCAAACCAAAGACUAGAUUAUGGAAAAAAUUAAUUAAAACUAAUAAUCACAGUAUAAACGAAAGUACAGCUAAUUUUAAUAAUAGCGAAGAUCCCAAAACUAUUGACUCUUCAGUAACAGCUCUUCCAACUCUUCCCAAAGGCUGGACUCGAAAGCUUAACGACGAGACGAAAGAACUAUAUUUUAUAAAUAAUAAAACCAAUGAAAAGUGGUUUUGUAAACUCGAUGAAAAUGGAAGAUUGUAUUUCUUUGAAGAGAAUGGACACGAAUCGUAUUGGGAAUUACCAGAUCUGCAAACUAAUGACGAAGACAUACAACACUUAAAAGGUUCCCAAAAUGUUGUUGAAUUGGUUGAAAAUGAGCCCAAUAGCGAAUUGGGUGGACCUUCAAGUGAUACACAAUCUCAAGACAACAGUGCAAAUAAAAAUAAGAAAAUUAAUAAACUUUCGACUUCUAAACGAUCUCUAAUUGAACGCAAUAUUAAAGCGCGAUCUAUGGCUUUCCUACCGGUUAACAGCUCUCUGGCCUCCCGACCCAAUAUUCCUGCUGUUUUAUUGCAAGAGACCCCCGACACUCAACCCGAACCUAUAAUUGUCUAUCAAACUCCACCCUCAAGUCUCGAUGAAGCAAUGACAUUAAAACAGGGAGUUAUAAACCGAUCCAAACUAAUAGAAGGCGGCAAACGAUUGCGCAAAAAUUGGUCUAAUUGUUACUUAGCUCUGACUAAAUAUUAUUUAUUAUUUUUUAAAGAUAUGAAAACCGCACAAUCGGGUGCAAAGCCUGAAAUAGUUAUAGACCUGACGGGUGCUAUGAUUUCGUGGUCACCCGAAAAAUCGAGUCGAAAGAAUUGUUUUCAAGUAAGUACUGUUUCCGGACAACAGGUUCUCCUGCAAGAGGAGUGCUCUCUCUUCUGCAAAGAAUGGUUUGAUCUGAUUAGGAAUACUAUUCAAAAACUGCCAAGUAUUACAUUAUGUGAUGAAUCGGAUUCUAAUGAGAAACAAUUGGGCGGUAAACUCAAGAGAUCCAAAUCUACUAAACAGUAUCGAAAACGAGAAGAAACGACUGAAAAUGAUUUUUCAUUAAGUGUGAGUCAAAGUGCAAACAAUAUUCCUAUAGAAAGGAAAAAGAAAAUCAAAGAACGAUUGCGACAAUUCCUCAGAAGGAGACCUACUUUAGAGAGCCUAAGAGAGAAAGGCAUCUUCAAAGACGAACCAGUUUUUGGUGGAAAACUAGAGAUCUUAUGUUUAAGAGACAAACAAAUGGUUCCUAAGUUUGUACAGCAAUGCAUUCAAGCAAUUGAAGCUAAAGAUCUUACAGCCGAUGGUUUAUAUAGGGCUUGUGGUAAUCUAUCACAAGUCCAGAAACUAAGGUUUCAGAUCAAUAACGACGACUUUUCUGGUAUUUGGGCUGAGGAUGACGUCCACGUAUUGACCGGACUUUUGAAAAUGUUUUUUCGAGAUAUGAAAGAACCACUCUUUCCAUGCGAUCGUUUCGAUUCACUAAUGAAAGCAAUCAUUUUAACUGACAAGAAACCAAAGUUGGAAUCGUUGACAAAAUUAGUCAACUCAUUGGCAAAACCUAAUUAUGAGACACUUAAAUAUAUUUUGUCACAUUUACUCAGAGUGAAAGAGCACAGCGACCAGAAUCGGAUGCAUAUUCAAAAUUUGGCGAUAGUUUUUGGACCGACACUAAUGUGGCCCGAAAACGACUCAAACAAUUUUGCAUUGGAUAUGAUGUUACGUAUGCAUCAAAACCAGAUCAUUGAGUUCCUUCUCCUUGAGUUUGAUAACAUAUUUUGA